UAAUAAUUGAAUAGGCAAAUUCAAAAACUGACAUAAUAAUAACGUUGUGAAAUAAUAUAAACAUGUUUCUUUGAAUACAUUGUGUGUCUUAAUAAUGCAGAUCAAAUAAAUAGACUUAAGAAAUUAUAAUUCUAAAAUAUUUUUAUUCAAAUGAGAAUAAAAUAAUAAUGAAUUUUGAUAAAAAAGAAAUAGAAAAAAAAUAUCAAGCAAAUGAAUCGUUAAAUGAAAAAGCAUUGGAAGAUAAUAACAAUAUUCUUGAGAACAUAACAAAUAAAUCUGAAAUUUCAACAGCUCAAGAUAAAAAAGAUACUUCUGCCGAACAAAAGGAUGAAAAUGAUCUCCAAAUAGCUAAGAUAAAUCUAAAUGUGGCUGUCCCAGGUUGUACAGAUGAAUCACUACAUAUUCAUCCCGAUAAAUCACUGACCAGUCAAUUAUCUUCACCAACAUAUUCAUCAUUAACAUUAAAAACAAAAAAUAAUAAUUUCAAUCAGUUAUUUAAAUGUGUUAAAAACUUAUUCGAGAGUGAACGAAUUAGAAAAGAAUCUGUUAUAGAAAUAGAAAAGGCAAUUAUAGAUAAAACGAAAUCAUACGAUGUGCAGUCGAAAGACGUUAUUUGUGGAAAAUGUAAGAAAAUGUAUUGUAAGAAGAAUGCUGUGAUAGAGGAGACGAUCAGAGCAUUUCAGUUCAAGACAUCUUUGAAUGAUAAAGUCUUCCGUUAUUCACUUUACGUAUGUGAUAUCUGUUACGAAAUAUUACAAGAAAUAGAAAUUAAUUAUCAUAUUGCCAAACAUGUGCAAAAAGACGAAGUGCUUUGUCCACAUUGCAACGUCCUCCCUGAAGACAUUGAACUGCGAAUAUAUGAUUCGGAUAUGGUUAUACCUUCUUUACACAAAAGUAUUACAGAAUCAAUUAAUUGCAAAUUAUGUGAUAAAUUUCUCUUCAAAACGAAGUAUUUUAUACAGGCAUCUAUGGACGAAAAAUUAAUAACAGUAUUUGAACGAAAUGGAGAAAUUCUAAGAGAGCUGCGUUAUUAUAUUUGUUACAUAUGUGGAAAAUUUUUACGAAAUCAAAAGAGUAUGGUAAAACACUUAUUGCAUGUCGAAGAAAAAAACGAGUUAUGUGCAAAAUGUAAAGAAACUAAAAUCAAAUCGACAUCUGAGGCAUUAAAAAAUAAAGAUGUAAAUGUUAUUUCAAUUAAAGAAUAAAUUUCUAAAUAAA